AUGGACCAGAUCAGCAGCAGUGAGCAGCUGGUUCUACUUUCUAGCGACCCCAUGGAGCUGAGGAUGAAGUUUGCCAUAGUGCAGGUGCUGGUGUGGUUUUUUAUUUACAUCGACAUCUUCAUGCUCUUCACUUUCUUCAGUAAGCAGGCUUUCCACAGUGACACACGUUAUAUCCUGUUUGCUCACACCCUGUUGAUGGACUCUAUACUCCUGCUGCUCACAGACCUGGUGGUGCUGCUUAGCUACUUCUAUAUUCAGAUUCCUGUGGGUCACUCCUGUGCACGAGCCAUGGAUCAGAACAGCAGCAGUGAGGAGCUCAUUCUUAUUGACCGUGACCCCAAGGUGUUGAGGGUGAAGACAGCCAUAGUGCAGGUGCUGGUGUGGUUCUUUGUCUAUAUUGACAUCUUCAUGCUCUUCACCUUCUUCAGUAAGCAGGCUUUCCGGGGUGAUGCGCGAUACAUCCUGUUUGCUCACACUCUGUUAAUGGACUCUACACUCCUGCUGCUCACAGACCUGGUGGUGCUGCUUAGCUACUUCCAUACGUGGAUACCUGUCAGUCACUGCAUCGCGCUCUGCUUUGUAAUGGGGAUCAGCAUUAAAAACACACCUUACACCAUCACCGCUAUGUGCCUGGAGCGAUACGUGGCCAUCUGCAUGCCGCUUAGACAUGCCAGCAUUUCCACAACCGGCAGGGCCAUAGCUGCCAUCAUUAUCAUCUGGGCAUUCAGCUCUGUCAAGGUCAUCAUAGAUCUUGUUAUCGUCACUGUCACAGCCCCACCAAGCUACUUUGCCAUGCCCUCCUUAUGCAACUACCAGAUCAUGCUGGUGACUGAAUGGCAGCACCGCAUGCAUGUCACCUUUAGUCAGAUGGACUUCUUUAUUAUUGCAGUGAUAGUACUGUUCUGCUACGCAAAGCUCAUGCUAGCAGCUCAAGCUGCCUCCGGAGAAAAUAAACAGUCUGUAUCAAAGGGGCGACGCACACUCCUGCUCCAUGGCGUACAGCUCUUUCUGUCCAUGGCUAACCUGUGGGUCCCCUUUAUAUUGGAUGUUGUUAGGAAGCAAAGCCAAUACUUGUUCCUACCUGUCCGAUUCUUCAAUUUCAUUGCUUUUACUAUUUUCUCAAGGGCACUGAGUCCACUUAUCUAUGGCCUCAGGGAUAAAGAGUUUAGCCUUGCUCUGAAAUAUUACAUGAGGUGCAGGGCUAGCCCCUCUCUGGAGAAACAUAGCAGCUGA